GGCCCAGCCUGUCCUCUUUGAUGGGCCGAUUUCACAGGCAUUUUCCGAGCACAGCACAGCCCAGUGCUGCUGAGAUGAACCUGAGCAGACUCUGUUAGGAUGGGGUGGAUGGCUGACCUUGGGCCUGGGAGAAGGUCCUCCUGUUCUCCAGCACAGCCACCUGGUCAGUUUCUCCUGGCUUGUGAGGCCCUCCUGACCUGGUGCUGCCAGGCCCAACCUCCGUCCCCACUCCCGCCGCUUGUCCCCAUUGUCCACUCUGGGCCAAGGACCCCUGAUGUUUUCACCCCCCACAGGGCUUGGCUCUCUCCUGCCUCUUUCCUGCCCUUGGCUCGCACAGUUCCUGCUGUCUAGAGUGUUCCCCUCACCCCCUGCUUGGCAGUGUGCCCCAGGUGAGGCCCUCCUUCAGGGGUCCUCCAUGGGGAGAAGAGGGGGCCCAGCUGGCUCUGCUCCUGAGCUGUUCACUCGGCCGCCCCCCCCACCCCCCUUGGCCUUGCUUUGAGCCCCCCUCUUGCUGUGGCUGGGGCCCUAGGGAUGCCAGGGUACCCUCCUCUCUCCAUCCCCCUUUAUGCCCGUCUCCCCCCGCCGUGGACCACUGGACGGCAUGACCCCACAACUGGGCCUGAGGGAAAGGGGAGUCAAGGGAGGUCUUUGGUGCAGGUGCCCCAGUUUCCAGCUGUGUUUCCUGGCCCUAGGGUCCACCCAUUCUUGCCUCCUCCCAGGGCAUUGGGACGUGCUGGAGGUGACGGGGCAGAAGGAGUGACCAUGACCCUCAGACACAGGCCUGUCCCCUGGGGAGGAGCUCAUGGCCCUGGAAGGCAGAAGGUACCUACAGUGGGCGUUGCCACCACCCGCCUUCUAGGGCCCAGAACCCUGGAGGCUGCUGGACCCAGGACACUCUGAUCAGGGUGCUUUGUCUUCCAGGCCCCAGCCCCCUCCUGCCCCCCUGAGUGCCCUUCCUACCCCUGUAACUAGCCAGCUUGCCUGGCACUAGCCUCUGAAACGGCUCAGUCUCACUGCCUCAGGCGCAGCUCACUGAAGUCAUUCCUUCCUGGAGUCACCAACUCGCCAGGCAGGGAGAAGCCCAGGAUCCUGGGGUGCAGCUGCUCUGCACAGAUGGGAAAACUGAGUCCCAGGGAGCUCCAUAGCCACAGGGCUGGUGUGUCUUCCUGGUGGGAGCUGUGUUGAAGGUGCAGGCCACGCCCCAUUUACAAGCACAUCCCUUGGCCUCACUAGCGGGAGGGGUGUGGACUGGGGACCAGCCUUGUGAGCUUGUCUUGGCCCCGCUGCUGUUCUCAGGGGUCUGGGUCUCCCUCCUCCCGUGAAUCUCCUCACUGGAGCAGGGGUCCAGGGCACUGGCGUAGGCUGGGAUGAGACCUCCUUUCUGUGUGUGUGCCUCUGGCUCCUGGGCCCCCAGGUCUGUCUCCUGUACCCUAUCUCCUGUACCCUACCCUGUGAAGUUGUCUGGAGGCGCUAUGUUAAGGGGGAUCUGUGCUAAUGGGAAGCGGUCUCUUUUGAUACAACCAGACUCCCUGGAGACACUGCUCCGUCCCCUGGGGGCAGGGACCAACGCUUCUGUGUCCCUUUGUCAGGCUCAGCUGCUGGGCAGGGGUACAAGAGCAGAGCUGCCCUUUGAGGGCAGGCAGGUGUGAGGCUGAGACCCUGGUACUGAAGUGUGUCCCAGUGCCUGUUUAUAUCAUGAUUUUUCAGGCAGCUCACCCUGGUGUCUGGAGCCACCUGGGAUGGCCCUGGGUGAUGGCACUUGCUGUGUGCCCAUGUCUACAUGAAGCCCCUGAGAACUGGGUAUUGUUACCAGUUGAUUCUGUGGGUUAGGAAACAGAGGCCCAGAGAGGUUCAGGAACAUGCCCAAGGUCACACAGCUCCUCCAAGGUGGAGCUGUGAUUCCCACCCUGCCAUUGGAUCUCAGAGCUCGCGCACCCUCCACCGUGCUUUCCCGCCUUCCCCACUGCCCGGCCCUGCCGUUCCUUUUCCUCACUUGGCUCAUUUAUGACAGUCUGCCCUCCUCCCGGCAUGAGCUCCACAGGGGACCUGUGCCUAUGUGUCGUAGCAGCACCGUCUCACCCUGUACCUGCUGUAGGCAGGAACCCAGGGGCACUUGGUGGAUGGAGGACUGGGGGUGCCAACAUGUGCCCUCUUUCCUGUGCUAGGAUGGAGCCCUUUCCAUGUGCAGUGGUUCUGGGGUUUUAUGAGGUUUUAUAGCUGUAAGGUCAUUUUACUUCUAGAAUAGGCCGUGGAGGGGGGAGAAGGGUUUUAUCCCCAUUGCUCAGGUGAGAAACUGAGUCCUGAGAGGCAAAGCUCAUGCAGAUGGGACUGGGGGCUCCAGGGUUGGGGCCCAGUCCUUAGCUGCCAGUUCAGUGCUGGCUGUACCCAGUCUGUAGAGUAUGGGGUUUGAUGUCCCUGUGUACCAGGCAGGGUUAGAUCCUGGGAGCUGUAGUGCAUGGCCAGGCGUGCAGCCAGGUAGUGACAUGUCAGGGUGGCCUGUGCUUCUGUGGGAGGUGCAGGCCCUGGGGAAGCUAAGGUACGAGGCCAGCCUGGGAGGGGACCAGGCAGCCUUCCUGGAGGAGGUGGCAGCUUAGGCUGAACCUGAAGGGCAGGCAAGAGUUUGGCAGGUAGAAGGCAUUUGGAGGUGAGGAGGUGGGCGUGUUUUUAGGCUGCUGGAGCUGGAGAUGAAAGGGUGGGGCUUGUUUGGGGAACUGAAAUUGGCCAAAUCACGCAGCCACGGAGGAGGCCUGAGGAGAAACUCUGGAGACACUUUUUGGCCAAGGGGACUUGUCAGAGCCUUUAAUUUGGUAAUGUGUAUGGGGGAUCUUUAAAUGGGGAAGAGGAGAAGGUUGAGCUCAGCACCAUCUGUGACCAGAAACGGCUGUGGAUGUGUAUGGCUGUGUGUGUGUAGCUUUUCAUGGCCCUGAUUUUGGGCAGAAUGCACCUUAGGAGAUAGAGAGUGAAUCUGCACUGGGCCUUGAAGGGUGGCAGGCCUGGGUUCAAAUCCUAGCUCCAUUGCUUCCCAGCCGGUGGGCUCUGUGCUUGGAGGUUAAGGUUGCAGAGUCAGUUGCCCUGGUUAGAAAUAGAGCUCCCCCACCCGCCACCCUUGGGGAGUCAGGGGGACUGGCCUCAUCCCAGCCUCUUUGUGGUUCUCUGCAGGUUCUCAGAGGAGACGGCUAGCCAGGUGGUGGUUGGCCUAGUUUGUCUCCAAACUGGGCUCAGAGGUUGCAGAGCUCAUCUUGAGGCCUGGGUACUGUGCUCUCUCCUGCCAGUGGGCCUGGAAGGCUUGGGCCGAGGACCCGACGUUGCCUGGGAUGUCAUCUGCUGGAGUGCAGUGGAACAAUUAUCACUCGCUGCAGACUUGACCUGAACUCAAGAGGUCCUUCUGCCUCAGCCUCCUUAGUUGCUGGAUCUGCAGGUCAAGUUCUGGUCUCCGCAGAGUAACCGUGUGUGGAGUCAGCCCAGUUUGGAUGCACAGGAGGAUGCCAGCAGCACAGUGAGCGAGGCCUGGCACCGGAGCUGUGCAGACCUCUCAUUGGCCAUGGAGCAGCAGGCCCAGGGGCCCCCUCCCCAGCCCCACUUGCCGGCCUUGGAGAGGCCAGAGGCAUAGGCCCACAGGGAGGCUUUUGGCAGACAGAUGCCCUCCAGGCCCUGGGGCCUCCUUAACAGCCAGUGGACACGUUUGCUGACGGUGGAGAAUGCCGGCCAAGGGCCGAUACUUCCUCAACGAGGGUGAGGAGGGCCCUGACCAAGAUGCGCUCUACGAGAAGUACCGGCUCACCAGCCAGCACGGGCCGCUGCUGCUCACGCUCCUGCUGGUGGCCGUCAUCGCCUGCCUGGCCCUCAUUAUCAUCGCCUUCAGCCACGGGGACCCCUCCAGACACCAGGCCGUUCUGGGCACGGCGUUCCUGGUGCUGGCAGUGUUUUUGGCCCUCUCUGUGCUGGUGUAUGUCGAGUGUCUCCUGCGGCGCUGGCUCAGGGCCUUGGCGUUGCUCACCUGGGCCUGCCUGAUGGUCCUGGGCUACGUGCUGGUGUUCGACGCGUGGACGAAGGCGGCCUGUUCGUGGGAGCAGGUGCCCUUCUUCCUGUUCAUCGUCUUCGUGGUGUACACGCUGCUGCCCUUCAGCAUGCGGGGGGCUGUGGCCGUGGGGGCCAUCUCCACCGCCUCCCACCUCCUGGUGCUCUCCACUCUGAUGGGAGGCUUCACGACGCCCAGCAUCCAGGUGGGGCUACAGCUGCUGGCCAACGUGAUCAUCUUCCUAUGCGGGAACCUGACUGGUGCCUUCCACAAGAACCAGAUGCAGGAUGCGUCCCGGGACCUCUUCACCUACACUGUGAAGUGCAUCCAGAUCCGCCGGAAGCUGCGCAUUGAGAAGCGCCAGCAGGAGAACCUGCUGCUGUCGGUGCUCCCGGCCCACAUCUCCAUGGGCAUGAAGCUGGCCAUCAUCGAGCGACUCAAGGAGCAUGGCGACCGCCGCUGUGUGCCGGACAACAACUUCCACAGCCUCUACGUCAAGCGGCACCAGAACGUCAGCAUCCUCUAUGCGGACAUCGUGGGCUUCACGCGGCUGGCCAGCGACUGCUCCCCCAAGGAACUGGUGGUGGUGCUGAACGAGCUCUUUGGCAAGUUCGACCAGAUCGCCAAGGCCAAUGAGUGCAUGCGGAUCAAGAUCCUCGGCGACUGCUACUACUGUGUGUCGGGCCUGCCCGUGUCGCUGCCCACCCACGCCCGGAACUGCGUGAAGAUGGGGCUGGACAUGUGCGAGGCCAUCAAGCAGGUGCGGGAGGCCACAGGUGUGGACAUCAACAUGCGUGUGGGCAUACACUCUGGGAACGUGCUGUGCGGGGUCAUCGGGCUGCGCAAGUGGCAGUAUGACGUGUGGUCCCAUGACGUGUCCCUGGCCAACCGGAUGGAGGCAGCCGGAGUCCCCGGCCGGGUGCACAUCACGGAGGCGACGCUGAAGCACCUGGACAAGGCGUACGAGGUGGAGGAUGGGCACGGGCAGCAGCGGGACCCCUACCUCAAGGAGAUGAACAUCCGCACCUACCUGGUCAUCGACCCCCGGAGCCAGCAGCCACCCCCGCCGAGGCAACACCCCCCCAGGUCCAAGGGGGACGCAGCCCUGAAGAUGCGGGCGUCAGUGCGCAUGACCCGUUACCUCGAGUCCUGGGGGGCAGCUCGGCCCUUUGCGCACCUCAACCAUCGUGAGAGUGUGAGCAGUGGCGAGACUCCCAUCCCUAAUGGGCAGAGGCCCAAGAGCAUUCCCCAUCGCCACCGCCGGACCCCUGACAGGAGCAUGUCCCCCAGGGGGCGGUUGGAGGACGACUCAUAUGACGAGAUGCUGUCAGCCAUCGAGGGGCUCAGCUCUACGAGGCCCUGCUGCUCCAAGUCUGACGACUUCUACACCUUUGGGUCCAUCUUCCUGGAGAAGGGCUUUGAGCGCGAGUACCGCCUGGCGCCCAUCCCCCGGGCCCGCCACCACUUCGCCUGCGCAAGCCUGAUCUUCAUCUGCAUUCUGCUUGUCCAUGUCCUGCUCAUGCCCAGGACGGUGGCGCUGGGUGUGUCCUUCGGGCUGGUGGCCUGUGUGCUGGGGCUGGUGCUAGGCCUCUGCUUUGCCGCUGAGUUCUCGAGGUGCUGCCCAGCCCGGGGGAUGCUCUGCACUAUCUCCGAGAGAGUGGAGAUGCAGCCCCUACUGAGGCUGACCCUGGCCGUCCUGACCAUUGGCAGCCUGCUCACUGUGGCCAUCGUCAACCUGCCCCUGAUGCCUUUCCCAGUCCCAGAGCUGCCUUUCGGCAACGAGACAGGCCUGCUGGCCAUGAGCAGCAAGGCAAGGGCCCUGUGCGAGCCCCUCCCGUACUACACCUGCAGCUGCAUCCUGGGCUUCAUCGCCUGCUCCGUCUUCCUGCGGAUGAGCCUGGAGCCAAAGGUCGUGAUGCUGACAGUGGCCCUGGUGGCCUACCUGGUGCUCUUCAACCUCUCCCCGUGCUGGCAGUGGGACUGCUCCAGCCAAGGCCUGGGCAACCUCACCGAGCCCAAUGGCACCGCCAGCGGCACCCCUAGCUGUUCCUGGAGGGACCUGAAGACCAUGAUCAAUUUCUACCUGGUCCUGUUCUACAUCACCCUGCUCACGCUCUCCAGACAGAUUGACUAUUACUGCCGCCUGGACUGCCUAUGGAAGAAGAAGUUCAAGAAGGAGCACGAGGAGUUUGAGACCAUGGAGAACGUGAAUCGCCUUCUUCUGGAGAACGUCCUGCCAGCCCAUGUGGCCGCCCACUUCAUCGGUGACAAGUUAAAUGAGGACUGGUACCAUCAGUCGUAUGACUGCGUCUGUGUCAUGUUUGCCUCUGUGCCAGACUUCAAAGUGUUCUACACGGAGUGCGACGUCAACAAGGAAGGGCUGGAGUGCCUCCGCCUGCUCAACGAGAUCAUUGCCGACUUUGACGAGCUCCUGCUGAAGCCCAAGUUCAGUGGCGUGGAGAAGAUCAAGACCAUCGGCAGCACAUACAUGGCAGCUGCAGGGCUCAGCAUCACCUCGGGGCACGAGAACCAGGAGCUGGAGCGGCAGCACGCCCACAUUGGCGUCAUGGUGGAGUUCAGCAUCGCCUUGAUGAGCAAGCUGGAUGGCAUCAACAGGCACUCCUUCAACUCCUUCCGCCUCCGCGUUGGCAUAAACCAUGGGCCUGUGAUUGCUGGAGUGAUUGGGGCCCGAAAACCUCAGUAUGACAUCUGGGGAAACACAGUCAACGUGGCCAGCCGAAUGGAGAGCACUGGAGAACUUGGGAAAAUCCAGGUUACUGAGGAGACCUGCACCAUCCUCCAGGGCCUCGGGUACUCAUGUGAAUGUCGUGGCCUGAUCAACGUCAAAGGCAAAGGCGAGCUGAGGACUUACUUUGUCUGUACGGACACUGCCAAGUUUCAGGGGCUGGGGCUGAACUGAGGGCUCCUGCUAGAUUCCGAGCAGUCUGGGAAGUCAAUCUCCUUCCCUGAAGCAAGCCAGAAGACUCCGCCCCAUGUCAAUCCCAAAGGCACUCAGAGGGUGUGGUCACCUCCCGGCAGAUGGCUGUGCAUGUUGGCUUCUUUGGACCUGUGCUGGAGGAUUUCUCAGACACAUGCACCAGAUUCUGGCUCGAAGCAGCCACUGAGCCAUAACGCUCAGUGGCAACCAGAAACUCUGUGCCUGGUCUAACAGCUUCCAGGUUAGUUAGCUCUUAAGCCCAAGUCCCCUCUUCCAGAAGAAUGUUCACUGGUUCAGGGCUGAGAUCUUUGUUCCCUGAGGUGCUACAGAGGCGACUUUAGCACAUGAUGAAAACAGACGCCCACACGUCAGUGGCCUGUGAGCAUGCACAAGUGAGGUGGUCUGUUUUUCUAGACACCAAGGAGGAGUAAGCUGAGCUGUCUAGCAUGGACUGGAGACUCCCUCUCCCUGGGGGGCUGGGCAAUGAGAGUGUUGCUCAGAAGCAUUCUGGUAAAGGAAGCUGAAAGGGGCGUUUUACAUCUGUAAAGCCUUUCAAACAGUAGAGAGAAAAACACCAUAAUUAACACUGUUACUUUUUGCCUUGUCUGGCAUGUUUGUUUAAAAUGGAUAUAUUAAUGGGGGUUUUAUCCUCUGAAUGACUUUUUAGACACUAGACAAAAUCUCUUCCCUCCAGUGUAUUCUCUGCAUUUUUAACCACUGACAUGAAGCAGGACUACUGUCCAGCAUCAGCUUAUGGGGUCAGCC